GCCUGUCAUUCUCGAACUAAACACGAGAUGGUUUAUCGCUGCGCAUUUCAUUAUUUUUGUAUAAUUUGAGCGAUCGACGCGAAUAGUUCAAGUCCUACUGAUAAGUCUUAGCCUUCUGCACCAGUGUGUGUAAAGGCCUGACUUCCUCGCAACGUUUCUAACAGCUAUCUUUGCUUAACAAUUUUUUCGUCAAAGUAUCUGUGAUUUUAAUUGUAGAAAAAUGAAGGUCGCCCUUUUCGCCAUUGCGACUCUCCUCGCCGUCUGUUCCCAGACAUUCGCUACACAAUGUCACGUGAAUCCAGUAAACAUUCCUAAGGAAUGGGUUACGAUGCACGGGCGCUGCCGCGGCGCCAUGCGGUCGCAGAUUCAGAUGGAAGUGAACGCAUCUCUGCAGUACUUGGCUAUGGGCGCGCAUUUCUCUAGAGAUGGAGUGAACAGACCAGGAUUCGCGAAAAUGUUCUUUGAAGCCGGCUCUGAGGAACGGGAGCAUGCAAUGAAGCUGAUCGAAUACCUCCUGAUGAGGGGAGAGCUCACUUCUGAUGUUUCAUCUCUAGUUGCUAUCAGGCCGCCACAGCGCAAGGCCUGGGAGAACGGAGUGGAUGCCCUGCAGCACGCUCUGAAGAUGGAGACCGAGGUCACCAACAGCAUCCGCAAUGUCAUCGCGGCCUGUGAGGAUGAUGCUGAGUUCAAUGAUUACCACCUUGUCGAUUACCUGACCGGAGAGUUCUUGGAAGAGCAAUACAAGGGCCAACGCGACCUCGCCGGCAAGGCUUCCACGCUCAAGAAGAUGCUCGACCGCCACGCGUCUCUUGGCGAGUUCAUCUUUGACAAGAAACUCAUGGGCAUCGACAUCUAAACGCCUUUGCCGCGUAGUCAUAAAAUUAAAAAGUUAAUUCCAUUUAAAAAACUCCAGUACAAAAUUCCCGCGCUGUGACUUUGAUUUGACAGUUGCGGUCGGCCAUUUUGAUUUGGUUUUGGCGGUAAUUCGUUACGAUAAUUUUAUCGUUUUCUUUAUAAAAAUAUAAAUCAAAAUUGCGAUCGUGACUUAUCUGAAAUGAACAUUUAAUUUUUGAUUAUUUCAGUACAAAUUGAUUUUUGGAUUUAUUUCUUAUUCAGUAAAAAAAUACAAAUAUUAAGUGUUAGUACACGGACACUAGUAGAAUAAGUGUGUAGUCUAUCAAAAAUCAUUAUACUCCACUAAAUGCCAUGUAAAAUUGCUUUUUAAAAGUCAAUUAUGUAAUUAGAAUUGUAUUAAAUAUCAAUAAAAAACUUAAAAUCUUUAGAUUACUGUUUUUUAACUUACUUUUUUCAGUUUGAAACGUAUUUAUUUAUGGUAACACUCACUUGUUAUAAUCGCCAUAUUGUUUUUACAGUUUAAUCUCAAACCCGUGGUUUAUCAAUCCUCAAUAGUUUAACAGUUUACCAAUAUUGUUUGAAAAUGUAAGAUUUAGACGUAGGCUGUUCAAUUUUGUUUAUUUUUCGUAUAAUAAAGUUUAAUCAUUCAUUUA